GGGAGAAGCCUCCUGUCUCUGUGGUCCUUGGGCAGGCCCUGCAGAGCUUCCAAAAGAGCCAGAAGCCAGCUGAGAGCGAGCAGGGAGGGUAGCACUGCUAUUACUGCCUCCUUGCCAUUUCUGUGCUGAUCUCCCACCUGCACUGUCCCCAGGUAGAGAUCCAGCGGUGGAGGGCAGCAUGGCAAAGAGGGUGGCCAUCAUUGGAGGGGGCAGCAGUGGGCUGUGCGCCAUCAAAGCCUGCCUGCAAGAGGGGCUGGAGCCCAUCUGCUUCGAGAGGACUGGAGACAUCGGAGGGCUGUGGAGGUUUGAGGAGCACCCCGAGGAGGGCCGCGCCAGCAUCUACCGCUCCGUCAUCAUCAACACAUCCAAGGAGAUGAUGUGUUUCAGCGACUUCCCCAUCCCCGAGGACUUCCCCAACUACAUGCACAACUCCAAGAUCAUGGAGUACUUCCGCAUGUACGCCCAGCACUUCAACCUGCUCCGCCACAUCCGCUUCAGGACCACUGUGUGCCGCAUGGCCAAGUGCCCCGACUUCGCCACCACGGGCCAGUGGGAAGUGGUGACGGAGAGCGAUGGGAAGCAGGAGACAGCCAUCUUCGAUGCUGUGCUGGUGUGCACUGGGCAUCACACUGAGGCGCACCUCCCACUGAGCACCUUCCCAGGCAUUGAGAACUUCAAGGGCCACUACCUCCACAGCCGAGACUACAAGGAUGCCCGCAAUUUCACAGACAAGAGGGUUGUUGUCAUCGGGAUUGGGAAUUCAGGGUCAGACCUGGCCGUAGAGAUCAGCCAAACAGCCAAGCAGGUCUUCCUUAGCACCCGCCGAGGCGCAUGGGUCCUCAACCGUGUCGGAGAUGAAGGCUACCCCAUCGAUACCGUCUUAACCACUCGCAUGAAUACAUUCCUGAAGGAUCUACUGAGCCCGUCCAUGACAAACAACUACAUGGAGAAGCGGCUGACCGCGAGGUUCGACCACUCGCACUAUGGCCUGAAGCCAAAGCACAGGGUCUUUGACCAACACCCAACCAUCAACGAUGACCUGCCCAACCGAAUCAUUUCGGGCAGGGUGCUAGUGAAGCCAAACAUCCAGAAGUUCACGGAGACAUCUGCCAUCUUUGACGAUGACACCAGGGAAGAUAUCGAUGUUGUGGUCUUCGCCACUGGAUACAGUUUCUCAUUCCCCUUCCUUGAAGGCUACGUGAAGGUGGUGGAGAACCAGGUUCCCCUCUACAAAUUCAUAUUCCCCACUGACAUAGAGAAACCGACGCUGGCUUUCAUCGGCCUCAUCCAGCCCCUAGGUGCCAUCAUGCCCAUAUCUGAGCUCCAGUGUCGCUGGGCCACUCGUGUCUUCAAGGGGCUGAACAAGCUGCCGCCACAGCAGGACAUGGAGGAUGACAUCAAGCAUAAGAAAGAAGCAAUGGCAAAGAGGUACGUGAAGAGCCAGCGGCACACCAUCCAGGUGGAUUUCAUCCCCUACAUGGACGAGCUUGCUUGCCAGAUUGGGGUCAAACCCAAUUUGCUCAGACUCCUCCUCACUGACCCCACGUUGGCACUGGAGGUGUUCUUCGGGGCCUGCACACCAUACCAGUACCGCCUGCAGGGCCCGGGCAAGUGGGCAGGUGCCCGGGAGGCCAUCCUCACCCAGCGGCAGCGCAUCAUCAAGCCCUUGCAGACGCGGCAUGUGGAGGAGCACCCCAUGGCCCCCACCAUGCCACUUGUCUUCAAGCUGGUUGGGGCUGUGGCCAUCCUCGCUGUCGUUUUUGCUUACUUGUAGGUGCCUGUUCUUGCUAGGCUGCCCAGAGGGAAGGGAGACUUUGUGGUGUACCAGUGGGGCUGGCUAGCCACCCCCUGCCCCAUGGCAGCCUGUACACCCCAGUGCUGGCAGAAGCCCUCAUCUGGCCCAGCACAGCUUUGCUGCGGCCGCACUGCAAGCUUGGGAUGCAUAAAUCUGCCUGGCUGCUGAAACAACCCCUCAGCACCUGCUCUGCACCAUCUCCUGGAGAGUCACCACUGGAGAUGGACAAGGAAACCUGCUCACACGCAAGGUAAAAUCCAGGUCUCUCAGCCAGCACUUUUGACCUAGCAGGAAUGCAUCCUAUAACCUGGCUGAGCCACUACUGGCUACACUCGCACAAGCGCAAAGCAGCAAAGAAACAACAGGCUUUCUAACUGGAUAAAAGUGUGUUAAACAGA